AUGGAUUAUAAUACAUACCCACUACCAAUUCAGUCGAUUUGGAUAGAAGAAGAUCAAUUUCUAGAAAAAGUAUACGGAUUUCAUAUUAAUCAAAUGUUAGAAUUUGAAGGUCAUAAUAAUAGUAACGACGAAAUAUGUAAAAAUAAGGAUAAAAGACCAAGAAUAGCAUUUAUAAAUAGUAAUAAACCACAUCUAGGUAACAAAAAUAACAUCAGUUUAAAUCAUAUAACUACCUUUCCAAUUAUAGACAUCAAAAGGAAUGAUCAAGAUGAUAAUACAAUAAAUAAAAGGAAUCAUUUAUUUCCUCAAAAAUUAUUAAACAUAUUAAGGAAGAACCAACUGUUAAAUAAAUUUAAAAAAUCACAAAUUGACAAUGGAAAAAGUUUAUAUUGUAAAAUAAAUUCAGCUUUACCAAGUAAUGCCAAUGCCAUAAAUAAUAAUACCAUAUCUGCACCAUUUCAAUUUCAACACAUAUCCCAUGGAGAAGAUUUACUAUCGGAUUAUAAUAAUAGUAGUUUGUAUGAGGAAAUAUAUAGUUACAUUUCAAGAACGGAAAAUACAAAUGACAAAGAGACAUAUUAUAAUAAUAAUGAUACUUGCACAUAUAAUGAAGAAUGUAACAAAACUACAGAAAGUACCCUGUUUAGUUCCACAAAUUCCAAAAACUCUAUGGGAUUUAGUGCAUUUUGCACACCUAAGUUGAACACUGCCGAAUCCACAAGCUCUAGUAGAAUAUUUGAUUUAGAAAAAAAUACUGAUUACAAAGCAUACUCGUUUCCCUGCACAGUGACCCCACCUUCUUCAUUUAAACAAUACGAGACCUCUUGA